ACGGCGGCCGGGAGGGGACAAGGCGCGGGGGAGGCGAAGCGCGGCGCGGGGCGGCGGCGGCGGCGGCGGCGGCGGCCGGGAAGCGGGGAACCGGCGCCGGUGAAAGCGGGAGGAUGCUGGAGGCGGCCGAGGCCGAGCUGGACGCCGAGGACCUGGUGCAUUUCUCGGUGGGCGACCUGCCCAGCCGCGGCUACGGCGUCAUGGGCGAGAUCCGGCGGCAGGGCAAGCUGUGCGACGUGACCCUCAAGGUCGGGGACCAUAAGUUCAGCGCUCACCGGAUCGUGCUGGCAGCUUCUAUCCCGUACUUCCAUGCCAUGUUCACCAACGACAUGAUGGAGUGCAAGCAGGAUGAGAUUGUCAUGCAAGGGAUGGACCCCAGCGCGCUCGAGGCUCUGAUCAACUUUGCCUACAACGGUCACCUGGCCAUAGACCAGCAGAACGUCCAGUCGCUGCUGAUGGGGGCGAGCUUCCUCCAGCUGCAGAACAUCAAGGACGCUUGCUGCACCUUCCUCAGGGAGAGGCUUCACCCUAAGAACUGCCUGGGCGUGCGGCAGUUUGCGGAGACCAUGAUGUGCGCGGUGCUCUACGACGCCGCCAACAGCUUCAUCCAUCAGCACUUCGUGGAGGUGUCCAUGUCCGAGGAGUUCCUGGCGCUGCCCUUCGAAGACGUCCUGGAGCUUGUUUCCAGGGAUGAGCUCAACGUGAAGUCUGAGGAGCAGGUGUUUGAAGCCGCCUUAGCCUGGAUCCGCUACGACCGGGAGCAGAGGGAGCCCUUCCUGCCCGAGCUCCUGGCCAAAAUCCGCCUGCCCCUGUGCCGGCCGCAGUUCCUGGCUGACCGCGUGCAGCAGGACGACCUCGUGCGCUGCUGCCACAAGUGCAGGGAUCUAGUUGACGAGGCAAAAGAUUAUCACCUCAUGCCAGAGCGCCGGCCGCACCUCCCGGCGUUCAAGACCCGUCCUCGGUGCUGUACGUCGAUUGCGGGACUGAUUUAUGCCGUCGGAGGCCUUAACUCAGCAGGCGACUCGCUGAACGUGGUGGAAGUCUUUGACCCCAUUGCCAACCGCUGGGAGAAGUGCCAGCCGAUGACGACGGCUCGGAGCCGGGUGGGCGUAGCCGUGGUGAACGGGCUGCUCUACGCCAUCGGCGGGUACGACGGGCAGCUGCGGCUGAGCACGGUGGAGGUUUACAACCCGGAGAUGGAUUCCUGGUCCAAAGUGGAAAGCAUGAACAGCAAGCGAAGCGCGAUGGGAACAGUGGUGCUGGAUGGCCAGAUCUACGUUUGUGGCGGAUACGAUGGGAACUCCUCCCUCAACUCCGUGGAGUCCUAUUCUCCAGAAACAAACAAGUGGACGGUGGUGACCCCCAUGAGCUCCAACCGCAGCGCCGCCGGAGUCACCGUCUUCGAGGGCAGGAUCUACGUGUCGGGAGGGCACGACGGCCUGCAGAUCUUCAACAGCGUGGAGUACUACAACCACCACACGGCCACCUGGCACCCCGUCGCCAGCAUGCUCAACAAGCGCUGCCGCCACGGCGCCGCCUCCCUGGGCAGCAAGAUGUUCGUCUGCGGGGGCUACGACGGCUCGGGCUUCCUCAGCAUCGCCGAGGUGUACAGCUCCGUGGCAGACCAGUGGUACCUGAUCGUCCCCAUGAACACCCGCAGGAGCCGCGUCUCCCUCGUGGCGAACUGUGGCCGCCUCUACGCCGUGGGGGGCUACGACGGACAGUCCAACCUCAGCUCGGUGGAAAUGUACGACCCGGAGACGAACCGCUGGACGUUCAUGGCUCCCAUGGUGUGCCACGAGGGAGGGGUCGGCGUGGGCUGCAUACCCCUCCUGACCAUCUGAGGAGGAGGAAGUUUCGGGGCUGCCUUCUCAGCGACAAUCGGGGGAGAGCUUCAGAGAGCGGUUCACAACGCGAUAGCCAGAGAAGCGCGUCUCCAGGUGCUCAAGUGUCAUUCACAAACACACACACACACACACAACUUGACAAAACCAUCCCUACCCCCUCGGCUCUCGGACUGAGGCUCCAGAAAGAUCAAAUUUUAUUUUAUUUUAUUUUAUUUUUUUGGAAAUAUGGUGCGAGUGCUUCUGUGCACGCGCUGGGGCGAGCAAAGGAGCUGCCCGCCGCCCUCUCCAGCGCUUUUGCCUCUGCACGGCCGCGCGGCUGAGCAAAUUCCUCCUCUCACCGUUUGUUUUACAAAUAGCACUGAGCCACGUCGGCCUGUGCCUUCGGGAAGCGAAGUUGCGGGCUGGGGGGGAGCAGUCCUAGUUGUGACACAGCAACGGCCACUUUGAUGACUGGGGGAAUGCUCGCACGCUUCUGCCAGCACCGAAACGGCCCUGACGUCCCCAGGGUUUGAUCAGCAGCGGUGUUUGGCGUUGUCAGCUUACUGCUGGGCACAGCUGGACCUUACCCAGCUUAUCAAAACAGACCAAACCCACCAGCACAGGUCCUCAGGAGCACAUCCAGGCUCUGCGUGUUAAGGUGCUUCUUGCACAAGAGGUCACUCGCUGCUCCAAGGGCUUUCUUCAGCUCGAUGGGGAAAACUUCUCCACAAGAGCCGCACGAUGGAGAAACUAGGAAGAGGAAAAAGGCAGUUAAACCAGCCGCCAGCUUUAGCAAGCUUUGGAGGAGGAAUGCCAAACGAAAAUGACACUAAGCAACAGUCUUAGGGUUGCAAAACCGGCAGGAAGCCAAGGUGUUAAUUAUAAAGAUAUCCCUUAAAUAUUGAUGCAGGUGGUUCGGUCGCAAAGCACAAGCUUUGGCUUGUCAAAGCGGGUCCCUAAGAGGCAGCUGGUGCGGUGCGACCAGGAUCUCCAGUUCUCACAGCUGUGCGAAGCCACCGCUGUGCUGGGGCAGCCAAAAUUCGGCCGUGGGGAAGUGGGCUGGGAGCUGCUGCCGUCCUCAGGAGAGGGACGGGUGUCCCAGCAGGGCUGCGAGCUCCUCGGCUCCACCCGGCACGGGCGCUGCGAGCCCCCGCGGAGAAAUGCGCAGCGAGCGUCCCUGCAGGGGGCCAGCCGAAAGCCACACGUCCCCAGCACCUGCAGGAUCGGCGUCCGUGGGGUUUUUUUUCCUGUUUUGCUACGCUGGGAAAGGUCCUUGCCACGUGCUUUGUUGCCCAGCCGACGCAGCCACGCGAGGGAACGAAAAUUCAGCGGCCAAACCGCGGCGGGGCUGAAGCUGCUGCCCGACGUCCCUGCCCCUGCUGGGGGGGCAGCACCACCCCCAGCCCUUCCUGGGCUUCUUUCACCCCCCCCCCCGGCAGCUGCAGACGAAGGGAGCUGCUGCUGCCAACCUGCUCCUGCCCGGGAACAAACCUUUCCCACCGUGGUUUGCAGGUGGGGGUCCCUGCCAGCCCCUGGGAUUUCCCCCAUAGCAGCCAGGGGGGCGGCGGGACAGAGCCCCCCCAACACUAAUCCCAGCGGUGGCAGCCAAGGGGGCUCACGUCUGUCUUGUGCCCGAGCCCGGGGUUUUGGGGGGGGGGGGGGGGGGGGGCGGGCUCGGAGCCCCGCAUCCAGCCCGGGGAUGUCCCCCCAGCUCCCCCAUCCGAGCCCCCGCUUCUCCUCCAUCCCCGCCUCCCAGCGCCGCUUGGGAUUUUAACUUCGGGUGUAAAUGUGGAUGUCUGUAUAUUCAGGUACUGUGUAUAUUUCAGGUAUACCUAACGAGCAUAUCUGGCUGCAA